AUGAAGGAGUACCUAAAUUUAGAUUUCAUGGAAGAGAUAGUCGAGGAACAUGAUCGACAGAUACCAACAGCUGUUUAUAUACCUCAUCAUGCCGUGAUUAAUCCGAAAAAGACGACAGUGAGAGUUGUAAUGGAUGCUUCGUGUAAAUACAAAAACGGAACUUCACUCAAUGAUAGUCUCAUGGUUGGUCCUCGUCUUCAACCAGAUUUACGCCACAUCAUUCUACGAUGGCGAUACCACAAGAUCUGUUUAGUGGCCGACAUUACAAAAAUGUAUUUGCAAAUUAAAGUUGACGAAGCAAGUUCAAAUUAUCAACGUCUCCUUUGGAGAAACAAUUCUACUGAAGACGUUAAACAUUAUAGAAUGACUAGAGUCACUUUCGGUACUGCCAGUGCUCCUUAUUUAGCGACAAAAACUCUGCAUCAGCUUGCAAAGGAGGAGACGAAUAAGUAUCCCUUGGCCUCAAAAAUUACAACUACAGAUUUUUAUAUGGACGACUUAUUAUCAGGUGCAGAUACAAUAGAAACCGCUAAAAAGAUUUAUGAUGAGAUGAAUGGAUUAAUGGCUGCUGGCAAGUUUCAGUUACAGAAGUGGAAUACUAAUGAUACAGAGCUUCUAAGUUAUAUGAGAAAAGCAGAUGAUGAAGUUACUGAGUUAGAGUUUCAACUGGAAGGUACAAUUAAAACAUUAGGAAUAGUAUGGGACAGAACAAAAGAUGAGUUUCAGUAUUCAGUAGAUAUUCCAGAUAUAUCAUCUCCAGUGACAAAAAGAUCUAUUGCACGAGAUGUAGCCAAAUUAUUUGAUCCAAUGGGAUGGCUUGCGCCAGUUAUCAUCAUUGGUAAGAUUUUUUUGCAGAAGCUAUGGCUUACUGGUGUAACCUGGGACCAAGAAGUGCCUAGUGACUUGGCAUAUAAUUGGCUCAAGUUCAGAGAAGAAUUACACUGUUUAUCUGAUAUUACUGUAGAGAGAUGGUUAAAUACAACUAGUUUAGAUACAAAACUAGAACUUUAUGGAUUCUCAGAUGCCUCCACUGUAGCAUACGGGGCAGUAGUGUAUGCAAGAGUUACAGAUUCUAACCAUAAGAUCCAUAUUCAUUUAAUUUCAGCUCGCACUAGGGUGGCUCCGGUAAAAACUAUAUCGUUGCCACGUUUGGAGUUAUGUGGAGCGGUCUUAUUAACACGGCUGCUUAUUGAGAUUGCAGAACAUUUGAAUGUACCAAGACAGCACAUUUAUGCAUACACUGACUCGAACGUCGUAUUAUCUUGGCUACAGAAACAUCCAAGCACAUGGAAGACAUUUGUGGCAAAUAGGACAUCUGAUAUAAUAACCUCAUUACCUGGUCAUCAUUGGUUUCAUGUACCAUCCAAGGAGAACCCUGCUGAUCUAGCAUCUCGAGGAGUUACUGCAUCUAAGUUAAAGAAAGAGACAUUAUGGUGGAAAGGGCCAGAAUGGCUGAGAAGAGAUACUAUACAACAUAUGAUAACCCUACCAGAUUUGAAAGAAGGAGAAAUAGAACAAAGACCGGUAAAAGUAUUUACAACACAGAUAGAGAAUAACUUUUCAGAAAUAUUUACACGAUUUUCUACAGUGACAAGACUACAGAGAGUAAUAGCACUUUGUAAACGUUUCGGACAGAGAAGGAUAAACAAAUUCCCGAAACAUGUAACAGCUGAAGAAUUAGACAAUGCAUUGAAAGCAUGCAUCCUUAUAUGUCAGCAAGAAGAAUUUUCUAAGGAUAUAGCGAGUAUUAAGGACAGUAAAGCUGUAAAACAAUACAGCAAUCUGCGAUCUCUUAGUCCAUUUUUAGAUAAAAACGGCAUAUUAAGAGUCGGAGGUCGUUUACGACACGCUAAUAUUCCUGAAGAAGCGAAACAUCAGAUAAUUUUGCCCGAUUGUCAUUAUUUAUCCAAACUAAUUAUCGCAAAUGCACAUAAAAAAACUUUACAUGGGGGUCCAACUCUCAUGCUAAGUUUCUUGAGACAGAAUUACUGGAUUCUCGGUGUCAAGAGAAUGAUUAAGCAAGAAGUGCAUAGAUGUGUUAUCUGUGCCAGACACCGUGCAACUAUUGGUACACAAUUAAUGGCCGAUCUACCUCCCAAAGAGUAA